CCCGCGUAUUCGGCGCGAGCGCUGAUGAGGUUUGCGGAUGUUUCUGCGUGUGCACGCGCGUCGCUCAGCUGACAGACUCUCAGCAAGGUUGCAGCAGCAGUGGACCGAGCGGGCGGACUGUCCCAGUCUAUCAUGGAUGACAGCUCCUCUCUGGGUAGAGUGAGCGGCUCCACUGAAUCUGUGUCCACCGUCACCAGUGAAGAGUUUGUGCUUGUGCCGCCCACUGCUGGGGGCUCCCCCUCCAGCUCAGAGGGGAGACCCAGGCUCAAGAUGUCGUGGAAUGGGAGUGAGCAGUUGGAGCGGGCGAUGGAGGAGGUGUUGGAUGAUGUUUGUGAUGGACCAGGAUCUGCAGAGGAGAAAGGAAUUCCUACACCACUCAGUUCUCCGAUCAGACCACCCAGCCUGACUUUGGACACUGCUCCUCAUGAAGCAUCAGCAGCAGUUUUGGAGAGUUCAGCAGAACAGGAGGAAGACAGCGUGCAGUUCAGUAAACUGUCCUAUCUUGGCUGCACCUGGGUGAAGGCCCCUCGUAAUGAGACAGAGGCCCAGAAAGCCAUGGCCACCCUGCGGGCAGAGAGCGCCAUCCCCAUCCCCAUCACCCUCCAUGUGCCCAAUGGUCCAGAUGGUUGUGUCCGGAUUGUCGACCAGGCCACAGGAACAGAAAUUGCAUCUUUUUCCAUCUAUAAGGUGUUGUUCUGCGCCCGAGGACCUGAGGGAUCUGUCGAGAGCGACUGCUUUUCCUUCACAGAGAGCUACCGGAGCUCAGAGGACUUUCAGAUCCACGUCUUCUCCUGCCAUAUCAAAGAGGCCGUUAGUCGCAUCCUCUAUAGCUUCUCAACGGCCUUCAAGCGUUCAUCAAAAGCUGCCACAGACAUGCAAGACUCAGUGCUGCCACUUUCCCCCGAUGGUGAUAUCUUCACCUUCUCCGUUUCUCUAGAAGUGAGAGAAGAUGAUGGCAAAGGAAACUUCAGUCCAGUUCCCAAAGACAGAGAUAAGUAUUACUUCAAGCUUCGUCAGGGUGUACAGAAAAAUCUGGUGGUCACCGUCCAGCAGACGACCAAUAAGGAGCUUGUAAUAGAGAGGUGCUUUGGGAUGCUGCUCAGUCCUGGGCAGAAAGUGCGGAACAACGACAUGCACCUCCUUGACAUGGAGUCUAUGGGCAAAAGUGCUGAUGGGAAGGCGUAUGUAAUCACUGGCACCUGGAAUCCCAACACUCCAGCUUUCCAGCCACUGAACGAGGACACGCCGAAAGACAAGCAGGUAUACAUGACGGUGGCAGUAGACCUGGUGGUGACCGAGGUUGUAGAGCCGGUUCGGUUCCUCAUGGAGGCGCUAGUGCGGGUCUAUCCAGCUAAUGAGAGAUUCUGGUAUUUCAGCAGGAAGGCCUUCUCUGAAACCUUUUACCUCAAGCUCAAACAGGGCACAGGGAAGGGCAGCCAGGGAGAUGUCAUGUAUGAAGUGGUCAGCCUGCAGAAACAUACAGAAUGUGCAGCAGGAGUCCGUGGCCGCCUGCAGUCAACCACUGAGGAAGAGGAACCAGACGAAGAAAGUGACAGUGAGAUCUCUAGCGGGACAGGAGACGUGUCAAAGGACUGUCCUGAGAAGAUUCUGGAAUCCUGGGGAGGGAUCCUCAACAGAUGGCAGGGAAACCUGUUGACACGACCCAAGGGUCUGUCUGCUCUGGUGAAGCCUGGGAUCCCGGAGGCCUUACGAGCUGAAGUCUGGCAGCUCCUGUCUGGCUGCCACAUCGAUCAACCUCUGCUAGAGAAAUACCGCAUCCUCAUCACCAAGGACUCGCCCCAAGAAACAGUGAUCACCAGAGACAUCCAUCGUACCUUCCCUGCUCACGACUACUUCAAAGACUCCGGCGGCGACGGCCAAGACUCUCUCUACAAGAUCUGCAAGGCUUACUCUGUGUAUGAUGAAGAGAUUGGAUAUUGCCAAGGUCAAUCAUUUUUGGCAGCCGUAUUACUUUUACAUAUGCCCGAGGAGCAAGCUUUCUGCGUGCUGGUGAAGAUCAUGUACAACUACGGUCUCCGAGAGCUCUACAAAAACAACUUUGAAGAUCUUCACUGCAAGUUCUACCAGCUUGAGCGUCUACUGCAGGAGCAGUUGCCUGACCUGUGGUCUCACUUCCAGGACCUGAACUUAGAGGCCCAUAUGUACGCGUCCCAGUGGUUCUUAACGCUGUUUACUGCCAAGUUCCCUCUCUGCAUGGUCUUCCAUAUCACUGACCUGCUCUUGUGCGAGGGGUUGAACAUCAUCUUCAAUGUGGCACUGGCUCUUCUGAAGACCUCCAAGGAAGACUUGCUUCAAGCCGACUUUGAGGGUGCGCUGAAAUUUUUCCGGGUCCAGCUCCCAAAACGCUACAGGGCGGCAGAGAAUGCUCAGCGUCUGAUGGAGCAAGCUUGCAAUAUCAAGGUGCCAACAAAGAAGCUAAAGAAGUUUGAGAAGGAGUAUCAGUCUCUGAGAGAGAGCCAGCUGCAGCAGGAAGACCCUAUAGACCGAUAUCAGAGAGAAAACCGGCGGUUGCAGGAGGCCAGCAUGCGUCUGGAGCAGGAGAACGAUGAUCUCGCCCAUGAACUGGUGACCAGCAAGAUAGCACUGAGGAAUGACCUGGACCAGGCGGAGGACAAAGCUGAUGUGUUAAACAAAGAACUGCUCAACACUAAACAACGCCUGGUAGAGACCGAGGAGGAGAAGAGAAGGCAAGAGGAGGAGACGGCACAGCUGAAGGAAGUGUUCAGAAGAGAGCUGGAGAAAGCGGAGUCAGAGAUCAAGAAGACCACAGCUAUCAUAGCCGAGUAUAAACAAAUAUGUUCCCAGUUAAGUACGAGGCUGGAGAAACAGCAGGCGUCCACAAAAGAGGAACUGGAUCUAGUUAAAGCUAAAGUGAUGGCGUGUGAGCGCUGUAGGGAAGUGUUCAGCAAAGACGGACCCCUGCAGAUCCCGGCGGUGAGUCAGGACAACCGGGACACGGACCUGGACGAGGAGAAGGACUCGCUGAAGGCCCAGCUCAGAGAACUAGAACUAGAGCUGGCACAAACCAAACUCCAGCUGGUGGAGGCCAAGUGCAAGAUCCAGGAGCUGGAGCAUCAGAGGGGUGUUUUGAUGACUGAGGUCCAAGCUGCCAAAAACUCCUGGUUCAGUAAAACACUGGGCUCCCUCAAGAAUUCAGCCAGUAACCAGUCGCCCUCCUCGCCCAAAGAGGGCCAGUAGGACUCGCCAAGGGCUCAACUAAAGGGUAGAGGAGCGUGACCCGUCAACUCAGCCAAUCGGAGUAGAAAACAAGCUCUAAUGAACACUACUAGCAACCCAACAUGGCAAUGCAGUGCUCCCUCACAAGGACUAAUGAACGACUUCCACAUACACUUAACAGUCUGUUAUGAUUUCGUUAGCUUGUGCUGCCACCUACUGGACAGUAACAGUCAUUAUUCUAGAGAUGGUUUAUUUUUUCGCAGUCAUUUCUAACAAGCAAGUACAUAAACUACGAUCUCUAGACCACAAUUCAAAGGGUUUUUCCUUCUCAGAGGGAAUACUGCAUUCUGAUAACUAUUAAAAGUAAACAAGUUUCGUCAUAAAUGUGUAUAACUAAAUGUUGAUUUUUAUUUGAAUCUUGUACAGUUCUGAACGAAAAGUGUUGCAUUAUUUUUUACGAUUUUGAAUAUGAAUGUGCUCUUUAUAAAUGUCAAAUAUGGAAAAGCACAGACAAAUUGACCUUGUAUCACAUGACAUUCCCUCCGUCCUGAAGGCUGUUGUGGCCACACAAUAUUAACCUGCCAAGACACUCAUAGUGCUAAUUUUAUGUUAUUUAACAGGUAUACAUGAGCCAUUCGGUGACUGAUGCCAUGCAGAAAUCAAGAACGAGUCCCAUUAUUUUUAAGGACAGAAGUAAACCAGAUCGUGCAGAUGAAUCGUUUAGGUCAGUGUGACUUCAAAGCCAUAUCUUUGCUUCAUUUUCCUCUGCUGUUCGUCAGACUAUCCAUAUGAAUAACCUUGUAAGUAGGGAAGUGAAAUAUUCUGCAUGGCUCUUAUUCACACUAACAAGUCAACAUAUUGUGACCACGCUUUAUUUACACUGAUGGAAACUGAUUUAAAGACGCCAAACUAAUUAUACAAAUGAAGAACGAGAUGUCAGUUGAAUAUAAACUAAUAGUGCUGUCCUGUGGGUUUCUACGGAUGGUUACAGGUGUUUUUAUAUAUCAUAAUCUUCAGGACAGACGACAUUGCUUCUGUGCGUCUGGUUUAUUGUCGGUUCAUCCGUUUUCAUUGUUCCAGCCUGCUGAUGUCUGUCUAAUUACUAUCUGACAGUAAAUAUCUGGUUCUUGAUCCUA